CAGAAAGAGCAGAUGCCUUUCUCUUUAAAUCUGCAUCUCUAUAGUCAGUUGUGGCCGAUUGACUCUGAAUUUCGUGGUGAAGCACUAAGAAUGUUCUGCUUUUGUCAGGGUCCAGCUCCUCAGACGAAGAAGUGAAAUGGAAACCAUUCAGGACCCUUAAAGUACUAAUUGACAUUAGAUGGUCUUAUUCUGGGUGUAACUGGUUUCUGUAGCUUCACGAUUUCCACCGGUUACCGUCGACAAUGAGUAGCCCGUUGUUUCCACGAGCCUAUUUAACGAUGAGACCCAUCUUCGUUGUGAAUCGGACAUGCCAGCUUAAUUUGCGACCUUUUUCCUUACAUUCUGCCAUAGCAUCGCCUGAUAAGGUCACAAAUAGCGAUAGACUGGCUUUUUCCCGUUCAAAUUAUUCGAACAUGCGCAUCUGGUUGUUACGAACUUACAGGAAAUUUCAACUUGCUCAACAUGGUGGUCAUAGGUAGUGCAGAUCUGACCUCAGACCGCACUAGUACCUGAUCCCAGCUUGGCGUCAUCAUCUGUGCGAAAGACAUGAAGUUAAAUUACGCUCCAAACUCUCCUUCAAUUGUCAAAUCAUCAUAACAGAGGGGACUCAUAGGCUAUAAACAACAAUGAUCAGGCGCAUGGGUGAUACUAGUUUCUGAUCCAGAAUGUUCUAGUCUUUUCCUUCUCUCCGGAACGAGUAAAAGUGAAGAAGAUAACUUGCAACGAAAAGUUAUAUAAGACGACCAAACAUAUACCGACCAUGAGAGCCAUAUACGAGAUAAUAGGGAUUGCCUUUGGAAGAAAAAGGAAAAUGCACUGUAAGGG